GAAUAUUUGUUGUUGUUGAUGAUGAUCAACAUUCGAUCGAAUCCAAAAAUAAGUUUGUCAGCUGUGUGUGUUUUUGCUAUUUUUUUUUCAUUUCCAAAAACUUCAAAUUUCAUUUUGUUUUGAAAAUUUUUUUUCAAUUUUCAAUUUAAAAAUUUGGAAAUGUGAAAAAACGAUUAAAUAGAUUUAUUAAAUUCAAUUUUGCAACAAAAAAAAAAUUAUGUUUGUUCAACAAAUUCGUGAUCGUUUACAAAAUCUUGUACAACAAGAUCUACAAUCAAGUCUUCGAGAAUUGACCAUUGGCACUUUAACGUCGAAUCAUUCGGCUACAUCUACAUCAAUUGAUCGAUCUGAUUUCCAUCGUCAUUAUGAUGAUUUAUCAGAUGUUAAUCUUUUAGCCGGUAUUGAUAUUGUUGAUUAUUUUCAACAACGUUGGAUUGAAUUACAAAAUCAAACUAAACAGAAUGUAACGAAUGCUAAACAUUCGUCUAAAACGAUUCAACAAAUCAAAUGUAAAUUUGAAAAUUUUAAUAAAAUCUGUGAUGAUUUGGAAACCGAUUUAGAUCGAUUAGUACCGGAAAUUUGUGAAUCGCUUUUAUCGAUCGAAAUAGAAUUGGAACAAUCAUUAUCAUUGGUGAAUAAAUUGAAUGAAGCAAUUAUCGGUCUAAAUAAAGAAUCAAUUGAUCAAGAUUUUGAACAACGUAAAUCAGAAUCGGAACAAAAAAUGAAUCAAAUGCUGGUUCGUCGUGCAGAAGAUCUAGUUCUUUAUGAAUCACAAUUAAAUUCAAAAUAUGAACGACAAGAAGUAGAAAUACUUAAAGAAAGACAGCUAGUUUUUCAACAAGCAUUUGAAGAUGAACUUCGUAUUUAUAAAGAAAAAGGCCAAUUGAUUAAUAAUGAACCACCAUCAUCAUCAUCAUUAUCGAAAGAUGAAACAAAAUUGGAAGAUAUAUCAUUAGAUUUGGAUCCAAAUGAAGUUGAUGAAUUGGAAAAAUUUUUAGAAAAUGAUUGAUUAGGAGAAACCAUGUAUAUAAACCAUGAUAAAUAAAGAAAAUUUUGAUUUUUUUUUCAUAAA